CAGCGUUGCGGGCCAAAGCCACUGCUGCCUCCAGAGGCCGAAGAUGCAAUCCAAGACUGGAUAAUCGGUCGCCAGAUCGUGCGUCACCCCGUGGGCCGAGUGGAGAUCAUGAAAAAAGCGACGGAGAUAUCGGAGUUGAUUGCGGGCCGUUCGGUUACGGACGGUUGGUAUAAGCGCUUCAUGCAGCGCCACCCUGACCUAACGGAGCGGAUGGCACAGACGCUGUCGAAGCCCCGGAACACCGUUGACUUUGCCGACACCCGUAUGCUGUUCAACUCGCUCGCCAAGGUGAUUAUCGAGACGGGCACGUCUGCUGACCAAGUGUUUAACGUUGAUGAGACUGCGUUUUACAAGGUGGCCAAGAGCAAGCGGGUCAUCGCGGUGCGUCGCUCGAAGAAUGUGUGGACAACUACACCUACUACCAGCUUCCACAUGACCAUCAUUGCCUGCGGAAGCGCGGCAGGCUUUAUCGUUCCUCCGGUCUUCAUUCUGCCCGGAAAGACAGUUAGUCUCGACAUCCUAAAGGGGGCUGAAGUGGACGGAGCUGGCAUUACUUCAACCCCGUCUGGGUUUGAGCAUGGAGUUGUUCGAGGAAUGGCUGUCAUUUUUUUGCGGCGGCGGUCCCGUUGA